CACGCCAGCGCCAUUUCCCAAGCCGACGACGCCAAGACGGAUCGCUGCUGUGCUGUUCUUCCAGAUAGAUUUGUGAUAUUUGUGAUAUUGACUGAGUAUUAGCAAAAUUUUAGAAAAGCGCCAUGGAAACUGAUGUGCCAGAAGAGGUGAAUACUUCAGGGUGGUACGCAAUAGUGAAGUAUUCUAAGAGAUACGGUGAUAAUGUCACAGAGGAGGUGCCGGUCUCGAAAAUCAGUGUACCCUACAUCAACAGCCAGGGGCAAGCCAAAAGAAAGAAAUUCAAACCUAAAUCCACUUCGGACAUAAACAGAAAAAUUUGGUACAAGGUCAUGAGCAGCAAUGGCAUUCCUAAUGGGGAAGAAAAACCUUUCUUCUGUCUCGUUGGACGGUUAGCAGAAACCAAGGAGGGCCUUACUGCACCAGAGUUAGGUCGAAUAAAGUUUGGCAGUGUUCCGGAACCUGAUGAUGAACCCAACACAAAUGACGAUAUGUCUGCUCCUGACACAGGACCAGCAAAAGGAAUUGUCCAACAGGAGCGGGAGAGAAGGAUGCGCAAGAAAGCAAUGAAAAGAAAAAAGGGUAAUGAUGAUUUGGAAUCAUUUUUGGGCGCUAACACUCUUGAGAAUCAUUUUGACGAUGAUGGUGAUGAUUUAGAUAUGGUGGGGACUGAUGCUUUGGAAGGUGUGAGUGCCCAUUCUAAUGAUGAUAUUCCUUGUGGAGAUGGGUCGACGGGGAACAGACCAACUGAAGAAGAGAGUUCCACGAUUAAGGUCACUGAAACCGUUGGAACGCCUGACACCACGAAUGAUAUUGCAAAGCUGAGAGCGUUAAAUGAAUCCUUGGCAGAGAAAGUCCGUAUCCUGGAAGGAGGCGCCCUGGCAGAAGUAGUUGAGUCAAUUAGAACAAUGACAAAUUCUGUCACUGAAUUUGUUACAAAAUCCAAUCAAGAAGCUUCUGCUUGGAGGACUUCACUUUCGUCUCUAGAGACUGAGAUCAAGAGCAUCCAUCAAAAAUGUGAUACUGUUGCACAACAAGUUGAAACAGCGACAAAGAGUAUAAGUACUUCCGGUUCUACAAUCCCCCUGUCAGAGAGGAGCUCCACGGGGACUGAACUGGUGGAGCUGUUUCCCAACACUGGGGUGAUGAUCCAGUCCGGGUCACUGUCGCAGAUGGCCCAUGCGACAGAUGACACGGACUGGUGCAACCACCUAAUCUACGGGGUAUUCGGCGAUGACGCCAAAAGGUACCGCCUGAAGCAAACAAAGGACUGUAUCAAAUUCUCGGAACAGUUCAAGAGAGCAGUACAAGCACGGUUUAGGCAGUACCUGGAGAGGCUGGGGACGGACCCGGCAGUGAUGGAGGGAGAGGUGUCGUCGAUUCUCUCAUACGUGUCGCGCCUGUGCGGCUCUAAGGAGCCGAGGGGCGACAGGCGACGGAUACAGGAGGCCAGGAGCAAAGAUGAAAAUGUGACACCGCUAGUGGCUGCGGCGAAGGAAAAGGCGUCACUGAACGCGGCCGCGAGAGCUGCUGCCGGGAAGCCGUCGACGAAAAGAGUACGGCGGACCGACAGGAGGGCAGCUCUCGCGGUCCGCAACCAGAACGUCGUGGCCAACGUCGCUCAGCCCCACGCCGUCCAGCCCCAAGCCGCCGUCCAGCCCCAAGCCGCCGUCCAGCCCCAAGCCGCCCCCCCGCCCCAAGCCGAUGUUCAGUUGAAUAUAAGCAAGAUGCAGAAUAUAGUUUAUCAGUUGACAGCCUUGGGAGAAGAAAUAACAGAAACAAUGUUGAUGUCAAAAGUUCUAACAGUCCUGCCAGAAAAGUUCAAACACUUCAGCACAGCUUGGGAUUCUACAUCGAAGAAUGACAAGAACAUUGAGAACUUAAUGCAACGACUAACGUUGGAGGAAGAUAAAUAUAAAAUGCAAAGAGAAGAAAAACCAGUGGCCUUCAAAGCAGAAUCAAAAGGUAAUGGAGAAAUUACAUGCUAUGGAUGUGGCAAGAAAGGACAUAUAAAGCCAAAAUGUCCAAAAGGAAAAGAAAGCAACAAUAAUGAUGAUAAGAAGAAAGAAUUUGGACAAAAAUCAUGCCCAAUAUGCAGAGUGAAUUUCAAGAAAAUAAUGACAAACCACACAGGAGAAAACUGCAACUACAAAGAUAAAGCAUGCAAGACGUGCAAGAACAUGAACCACAAGACAGAAGACUGCAAGUUCGGUGAGCAAAAUAAAACAAGUAAUAUGAAAAAUGAUAAGAAAAUUGUGUUGAUUGCACACAUGGAAGAAACUAAGGAAGAAGAAACUGAGUGUCUGAAUGCAGAACAAGAGGAAGAAGAAAUUGAACUUGUUGUGGAUAGUGGAUGCAACAAGAUGAUGAUAAAAGAUAAAAACAUUAUAACUGACAUGCAAAAAUACAGUGAUAGUGUCAAAAUAGCUAAACAAGGUGACACUAUUCCAAUUACAGGACGUGGAACAGUAGAUUUUGAAGAAUGCACUUUGAAAGAGGUGUACUAUGUUCCAGACCUGACAAGAAAUUUGAUGUCCGUGAAUGUAGUAACUGAAUCUAAAGGUACAGUUUACUUUGAAGAUGACAAAGUCUAUAUAAUGAAAACAAAGAUAGAAAUACCAAGGGAUUCUAUUGCUAUUGAAGGUAAAAGGACUGACAAUGGACUUUAUGUAGUGAACUUGAAGAAAGUGACAAACAGUGCUCUGUCAAGUGAGAAGAUAACAAAAAUAGAGGAAUGGCACAGAAAAUUGGGUCACCUCAGUUAUACAAAAAUGAAGAAAAUUCCAGAAAUAUGUGAAGGAGCAGAUUAUUGCAAAGUUGAUACCUCAAUAAAAUGGCUGGUCAAGGGUCCUGCUGGUCCCUGCUUUAGUCAGAGUAUUCCUCGUACUCGUGGGCGUUCCACUCCUCGAAAGAGUACGCGCCCUGCCUCGGAGAAAAUAACAGAAGACCAAGAAGAGAAAGAAAAAUGCCAUCAAAAUAUAACGACUACAUAA